CGCCAAGCUUUGUCGGUGUUGAGGCGGUGCUCCCUGGCUGGCCGGAACUAUGUGUGCACUCUUCCCUCCAGGUAUUGGCCUCGGCGCCGCCUCUAUAAUCUCCACGAGCUUUUAAGGACAUUAUCAGUGUUAAAAUAAUGUCUCUUCGCGGCCCGUUUGUAAGGUUGUGGCGACGACUGGAGUUGGAGUGUCGUCGGAGGAAGUCCUUGAGGGUCAGUGUAGUCAUCCUCGUGGCUGUUCAGACAAUGAUAGCGGUGUGUCUCCUCAGCCGGGAAGAGCAGCAGCAGCUGUCAGGAAACGACACUGUAGAGGCAAGCUGGAGCGUAGAUCAACAUAUUAUUCUCUUCGCGACUCCAACUGCAACCCGCGCCUCCUAUGUUGAUAACGACCCCCGCCAGGAGCCUGCAUACAGCCAGGGGGAGACACUCGACGCAACUCAAGCCACUCUGAGAAAGAAGAAUGAAAGAUGGCAGUCUGGGAGAAGCGAAGUGGAGCGAGAUGUCGGCCAGGAGACACCAGACCUCUGGGGAGGGAGAGAGCGACCACAACAAAUGGUUCAUCGUGUGAAAGACUCACACAAUGAGCCCCUAGAGGAAGAUCAUUUAAAAACUAAUGAGAAUAUGGAGAAAUAUAAGCAAGAAAAUGGAGGAUGGUUUAAGGCGAAGCCUGACGUUGGUCGAGGGUUUCAAGACGAAUUUGUCACUUACAGCACUGACAGCACAAGUACCUUGUUAAAUACACUCGAGAGAAGUGAAACCGUCUUUAUAAGUGCAGACAACUCUAACCGAGGUACAGCCGAACACAACAGUAAUGGAGAUAAAGAAAUAUAUAAAGAUGAUAAUAGCGUACAUAAAACUAUCAAUAAUAACGUAACGAAUAUUUUAACAAUUAGGACAGGUAAAAUUAUCACUGGUAUUGACAACAAGAGCAAUGGCCGCCGGUCGUCUAAAAGGGCGUCCGGAAUAAGUGACAGUAAAUUUAAAACAAAUACGAGCAUUCAUACUAAAUUUCCUUUAAUUGAUGACAAACGAAAUUAUUUUCAAGAUAUCGGAAACAAUAUUACUUGCUUCACUAGCGGCACAGAUAUAAGAAGAUCACAGCAGUCACAAGACAAAAGGUGCCACUGCCUGGAAGGAUACUUCGGGGUGGACUGUGGCAUCCCAGAGGCCGCAUGGUUCGACACGUACAGGAAUAAAUUUCCAGACACUGGGCUGAGUCGCAGACAAGUGCCGCGACGAGUCAUCAACGGCGUCCCCGUUAACCACGAGUUCGCGAUGUUCGAGGCGAGGAUGCACGAGCUGUACGACGUCGUUGACGUAUUUAUCGUCGCAGAGUCAAACUACACGGCGCACGGGGAUCCUAAAGACUUCAAGUUCCUUAAAAGGUUCCGGGAAGGCUACUUAAAGGACUUCCAGGACAAGAUAGUGUACAUACCUCUUGGUUUCUUUUCAUCACUCUCGAAGAAGAAUGGAUGGAUCGCGGACGCCUACAUCAGGUAUUACCUGGGCGAGAGGGGCCUCCUGCUACUACAUGGUCUUCGUGAUGACGACCUCUUCGUGCUCUCCGACGCUGACGAACUACCAACUAAGGAAAUUCUAACCUUCUUGAAGCUCUACGACGGUUACCCAGAACCAAUAAGUUUUGCUCUUCGGUGGAGUGUUUUUGGAUUCUUCUGGCUGAAUCCUGCUGAGGCAUCAUGGCUGGACUGGGCCCAGGGGGCCAAGGAGCAGCUUACCGUAGUUACCUCAGUGGCUACAGUGGGGAUGCUGAGGGAGCUGCUGGAUGACAACGUGUUUUACAUCCGCAAAAAGAAUCUGUGGCAGCAUCACUUGCUGGCCAAGAAGCUGAGGAAGUAUCGGAGUGAGGGCCACCUUGUCAAGGACUGGGUAGCUGGCACUGUGGGGCACUAUGCUGGCUGGCACUGUUCUUGGUGCUUCAGCCCGGAGAACAUGGUGUACAAGAUGGACUCGGCGCAGGCCGCAGAUUUACCUCGCUGGGGGGACUUUCCUCAGAAGAAGAACCUCACCUAUAUCACCUCCAGGAUCUGGCAAGGAAUCUGGUUCGACGACGAGCUGCGGUAUAUACCUGUCAAGAACAGCCUGGACCGGUUCUACGCUCCUCGGUAUAUGCUGGACCAUCCUGAAGUGUACCGGUCCAUACUCUUCCACCCGGGACAUGACCUCAACCUCAACAAGACUUGGCAGCCUCCCUAGGCUUCUAGGAUCUCCCAAUGUCUUAGUUUAUUCACACAUUCCAGUUUAUAUUUGGCCUAGGUCCUAGUUUCUCUCUAGGUUUUAAUUCCUCUCAGGAUUAACUAACUCAUAGCUUAGAUUAUAUUUCCACUUGUAAGUCAGAACGUCAGCCUGGAAAAGCACUAGUACAGAUGUAUCAGCACAUCCAAUAUUCUGUCUCACUAAGCUAAGUUAGUAAUAGUACAAAAUGAGCGCCAAUAUGGCAGGAAUGUUUAAUAUGUAUUGACCAAAUCACACACUAGAAAGUGAAAGGACGACGACGUUUCGUAACUUCGACUUGAGAAUGGGACGGACCGAAACGUCGUCGUCCCUUCACUUUCUAGUGUGUGGUCUGGUCAACAUAUUUCAGCCACGUUAUUGUGACUCCUCGUAUUCAUGUUUAAUAUAUAAUGUUAAAGCUUGAGGAGCUGUGGGUGUUCUAGGGCGCACACGCCCCACAGGUGUCCGAGCAACAGAAUCAAACAUCUGCGACAAUUGCAGAACUGUAUUAUGAAAUUCAUAACACUGCGAUCUUAACUUUUGAAUCUUUGGCCACAAACACCGAUCAAAAGUAAUUUUUCAUCAAAUACAAAGUUUCAAAUCUCUCCAUUGAGACUUGUUAGUGUUGUUAGAACACACUGUUAGUGUUACUUGUUAGAGCAGGCGAGGUGCGGACAGUUAGAGCAGGCGAGGUGCGGACAGUUCUCGCAUCAUCAUCAUCAUCACCAUCAUCAUCAUCAUCAUCAUCAUGCUACUGAGGAAUAUUUAGGUGCAUCAGCCCUUUUUUGUUGAGUUUUGGCGAGGUACCAGAGGUAGACACGCUGGUAGACACGACGGGUAGAUACAACUGGUAGAAACGAUGGGUAGACACAUACGGGAGGCAAACACAGCAUGUAAACACGACGACAUGCAUACACGACGACAUGUACACACGACGACAUGUACACACGACGACAUGUACACAUGACGACAUGUACACACGACGACAUGUACACACGACGACAUGUAUACACGACGACAUGUACACACAACAUAUACACACUACGACAAGGUAUUUUCAAGUUACAUUUCUAGAUUAUUUUUACUUAACACUUUUCCAGAAUAUAAAUAUAAUUAACCGAUAUAUUACAUAAUAACACAUUACAUAAUAACAUAUA